AUGGUAUGUUAUAUUUUUUUACAACAUAAUGAUCAUAAUAUUGUAUCAAGUUCAUUGGAAACACAUGAAAUUAUACUUAAAUAUUCAAAUUUAUUUGAUUUUGAUCAAUUAUUAAUUUCAACCCAAAUUGGAUCUAUAGAAGAAAUUCGUGUUACUUAUUCAACAUAUCAACGUUGGUUUAUUGAAAUGAAUGAUGAAUUCGAUUCAACAUCAAUGAUUAAUAAUGAAAAACGAACAUCAGUUGCUAAACUUGUUCAUCAAUUAUAUUUUUUUCCGAUUAGAUAUAUACUCAAUAUGGAUGGUACGAUAAAAAGUGAUGAUGAAUCACGUAUUACUGUUAAAUGUGCUACACCAACAUAUAUUACAUAUCUUUUAUCUUUAUAUGAAUACGGUGAUCUACAUUUACGUGGUACAUGUGCAAAUUUACUUGUUACAUUAAUUCAAACAACAAUUCAUCUUUUAACACUAUCAUCAUUAUCAAAUUCAUUUAAUAAUUCUUUUAUUAAUCAAUGUUCACUUGUAUCAACUCAUUCACAAGACAGUUCAAGAAUUGAAUUAUUAGAAGAUUCUAUUCAACAUACUACAAGUUCCUGUAUUCUUGCUAAAUUUGCUCUAGCUCAACUUAUAGAUGAUAUUGAUUUUCGAAUAUUAACUUAUCUUGAACAACAAUAA